GGCGAGGGCAAGGUGGCGCCUCCAUGACGGGUGAGGGCGAAAUGGCGGCCGGAAGAGGCGGUCCGUAGCGGCCAUUGCCGGCGGAACGGGGCACGGCGGCGGCGGCAGCAGCGACGAAGCGGCCGCGAAAAGCAGAGAGUGCAGUUGGAUGAAGACUUUUUUGCAAGGGGGUGAUAAGUGUUCUUUAAUGUUCAGGAAGAACUUGGAGAAGGUGGGAAUCUGUACACUUCAGCCACCAUGUCUGGAAUUGGCAACAAGCGGACGGCUGGAGAGCCUGGCCCUUCUGCACCUCCGGAGAAGAAGGCAGGGGUUGAAGAUUCGGGCACCACUGUGGAGACCAUUAAACUUGGUGGUGUUUCUUCAACGGAGGAGCUGGACAUCCGGACUCUGCAGACCAAGAACCGGAAGCUGGCGGAGAUGCUGGACCAGCGCCAGGCCAUCGAAGAUGAGCUGCGGGAGCACAUUGAGAAGCUGGAGCGUCGGCAGGCCACCGACGAUGCCUCCCUGCUGAUCAUCAACCGCUACUGGAAUCAGUUUGAUGAAAAUAUCCGCAUCAUCCUUAAACGCUUUGACCUGGACCAAGGUCUUGGAGACCUUUUGUCUGAAAGAAAAGCACUGGUGGUGCCAGAACCUGAACCAGACUCUGACAGUAAUCAGGAGCGCAAAGAUGAGAGGGAACGAGGGGAGGGAUUGGAGCCAGCAUUCUCCUUCCUGGCCACUCUAGCCAGCAGUACCAGUGAGGAAAUAGAAUCUCAGCUGCAGGAGCGUGUGGAGUCCUCCCGCCGUGCUGUUGCCCAGAUUGUGACAAUGUAUGACAAGCUGCAGGAGAAAGUGGAUGUGCUGUCUCACAAGCUGAAUAGUGGAGAUAUUUCACUGAUGGAAGAAGCAGUAGUGGAGCUGAAUACCUACCUGUCACACGAGAAUGGACGGCUGCAGGAACUGGCUGAUGUUCUUCAGGAGAAGCACAGAGUCAUGUCUCAGGAGUUCUCCAAGCUGCAAGAGAGGGUGGAGACAGCAGAAUCCCGGGUGUCUGUCCUGGAGACCAUGAUUGAUGACCUGCAGUGGGACAUUGACAAGAUCCGCAAGAGAGAGCAGAGGCUCAACCGCCACCUGGCCGACGUCCUGGAACGAGUAAAUUCCAAAGGCUACAAGGUGUAUGGAGCUGGGAGCAGCCUCUAUGGGGGAACAAUCACCAUUAAUGCCCGCAAGUUUGAGGAGAUGAAUGCAGAGCUGGAAGAGAAUAAAGAGCUUGCUGGGAAUCGCCUUAAUGAAUUGGAGGAACUGCGUCAAGAUCUUGAGGAAGUAACAACACAGAAUGAAAAGCUCAAGGUUGAGCUGCGGCGGGCCGUGGAAGAGGCUGUGAAGGAGACCCCAGAAUAUCGCUGCAUGCAGUCCCAGUUUUCUGUUUUGUACAAUGAGAGUCUGCAGCUGAAGGCACACCUUGACGAGGCCCGCACGCUGCUCCACGGCACCCGUGCCACGCACCAGCGCCAGGUGGAACUGAUCGAGAGGGAUGAGGUCAGCCUUCACAAGAAGCUACGCACGGAGGUGAUUCAGCUGGAGGACACCCUGGCACAAGUGCGCAAAGAGUACGAGAUGUUGAGGAUAGAGUUUGAACAGACACUUGCUGCCAAUGAGCAAGCAGGUCCCAUUAAUCGGGAGAUGCGUCACCUCAUCAGCAGCCUCCAGAAUCACAACCACCAGCUGAAGGGAGAGGUGCUGAGAUACAAGCGCAAACUGAGAGAGGCCCAAUCUGACCUGAGCAAGAUCCGCUCUCGCAGUGGCAGUGCUCUCCUCCAGUCCCAGUCCAGCACUGAAGACACAAAGGAGGAACCUGCAGAGAUCAAGCAGGAGCCUGAUGAUCCUUCUGCCCCAGUGCCUGUUCCCAAGGCUGCUUCUGAAGAUGUUAAUGAGAUGAAGGCCAGGCGAGAUGAAGAGGAACGGGAGCGGGAGAGACGGGAAAGGGAGAGGGAACGAGAGAAGGAAAAGGAGAAGGAGAAAGAGAGAGAACGAGAAAAAGAGAAAGAGAAGGAAAAGGAGCGGGAGCGGGAAAAGCAGAAGCAAAAGGAAUCAGAGAAGGAGAGAGAGUCCAAAGAGAAGGAGAAAGGGAAGCAUGAAGAUGGAAGAAAGAAGGAGGCCGAAGUGAUCAAGCAGCUGAAGGCUGAGCUCAAGAAGGCCCAGGAGAGCCAGAAGGAAAUGAAACUGUUGCUAGAUAUGUACCGCUCUGCCCCCAAAGAGCAGAGAGACAAAGUGCAGCUCAUGGCAGCUGAGAAGAAGGCAAAAGCUGAGCUUGAAGAACUGAGGCAGAGGGUGAAAGAAUUGGAAGACAAGGAAAAAAAGGAGAGUAAGAAGAUGGCUGAUGAGGAUGCCCUCCGCAAGAUCCGAGCAGUGGAAGAACAGAUUGAAUAUUUACAGAAGAAACUUGCCAUGGCUAAGCAGGAGGAAGAGGCCCUGCUGUCAGAAAUGGAUGUCACAGGCCAAGCCUUUGAAGACAUGCAAGAGCAGAACAUCCGCCUGAUGCAGCAGCUGCGGGAGAAGGAUGAUGCCAACUUCAAGCUGAUGUCAGAACGUAUCAAGUCCAACCAGAUCCAUAAGCUGCUGAAAGAGGAAAAGGAGGAGCUAGCAGAUCAAGUUUUGACACUGAAAACACAGGUGGAUGCCCAGCUGCAGGUAGUGCGUAAGCUGGAGGAGAAGGAACACCUACUGCAGAGCAGCAUUGGAACAGGAGAGAAGGAGCUGGGGCUGCGAACACAGGCUCUGGAGAUGAACAAACGCAAGGCCAUGGAUGCAGCCCAGCUUGCAGAUGAUCUGAAGGCCCAGCUAGAGCUGGCUCAGAAGAAGUUACAUGAUUUUCAGGAAGAGAUUGUGGAAAACAGAGUAACUAGAGAGAAAGAGAUGUUCAACUUCAAAAGGGCUGAGGAAGAUAUUUCUAGGUUGCGCAGGAAGCUGGAGACCACAAAGAAGCCUGACAUGGUUCCCAACUGUGAUGAGAUCUUGAUGGAGGAAAUCAAGGAUUACAAGGCCCGCCUGACGUGCCCGUGCUGCAACAUGCGCAAGAAGGACGCGGUGCUCACCAAGUGCUUCCACGUCUUUUGCUUCGAGUGCGUGAAGACGCGCUAUGACACCCGGCAGCGCAAGUGCCCCAAGUGCAACGCAGCCUUUGGGGCCAACGACUUCCACAGGAUCUACAUUGGCUGAGGCCCUCUGAGCCCCCACUGCUGCCAAGCCAGCCUCUCUCCCUCUCAGCUUCUGCUGCCUGAGCUGCAGUGUCUCCUGGGAGGGGCCUUCAGGGUCUCAAAAGAAACACACUCUGGAUCUUGCUUCCUUUCUUGGCCCCGUCCCUUUGAUCUUGCCCUCGGUUUUUGUGUGUUCUUUGUGCCUGAGAGGAAAUUGCCCAUCCCUUGCUUUCACACUGCCAAGGUGGGAACAUGCCACUGAAGUGCUACCUUGGUGGGAUGGAAGCUGAGCUGCAGCAGAGAUUUGUGAGAGCUUUAUUUGAGGGUUCUGUUCUUCUUUGGAUGCUAAUUAAAUCCUAUCAAGGAAUCACACUGCUCCUGGGAGGGAAGAGUUUCCCAAUUAACAGGCCCAAUAGAGACCAAGGAAAUGAAUCUGUAUCCUCAGUGGAACAACUCCUUAGGUACCUGUCUAUCUUCCUGAGCCAGGACAAGAACCCCUGAGGGUUGGUGCACUAGGAAACCCUAGCCCCAAACAAACACAUCUAAAUAUCCAGAAGAGGAGAAAGGAGAGAUCUUGGUGAUCCUUAGAAAAUAGCAUUCCACUGAUGAGCCCUGGUUGAUGUGCUCAAUUUCCCCUAGGCUGAGGCAUUGCUGUCACUGUCCUUCUCAGAGAGGGACUUCUGGUGUUCCUUUGCUGCAGGUUUACCAUAAAGAUUUUAACCUUGUUAUGUACAAAUUCUUAUUAAAGCUGUUGUUUGGUUUA